AUUAGAAAGGGGGAGAGAAAGCGCAUGUUUACUGUACACAGGACCUCGGACGUGUUUUAAGAAGAUAAAAGUUUAAAGUGGAGAAGAAGGUGAAGAGGAAGAUGAAGGUGAAGAGGACGAUGUUCCUCCGUGCAGCUGUGGUGUGUGUGGUGGUGUGUGUGGUGCUGCUGGGACUCGGGAAGACUCUGGUGAAGACAGAAGAGCAGUUCUGUUCUAUUGGACUCACAAACCCUAAAUGUAAACAAAAACCCCACAGUCUUUAUCAAGAGGAGGUCGAUUCGGUGAGUUAUGAGCUAUUAAAGCAGAGGUUGACAGCUGGAAAUCUGCAGCUGUUUGAUGUUCGUGAACCAGAUGAGUUUAAGGAGGGAGUCAUUCCAGGAGCAACUAAUAUUCCAUUGUCUGAGGUGCAGCAGGCAUUCACAUUGACUCCAGAUCAGUUCACACAGCUUUACGGUGUCCCGAUGCCUGAGAAACACUCCUCGGAUGUGAUGCUGUACUGCCAGAGGGGGCGCCGCAGUCUCACUGCACUGCACACUGUACACACACUGGGCUACAGCAGAGCACGUCAUUAUGUUGGAGGUUAUAGCGAGUGGCUGGAACGUGAAUCUCAGUGAAACGAGCAGACUGUUCUGGGAUCACACACAUUUCAGCAGGACCUCUGUGUUCUCUGUGCUACUUUUACAUUUAUUUAUACAGUAGAAAGAAAGAGAGAAGUACCAGUCUGGGGUUUUCUGCAGAGGUCACGUUAUCUGUUUAUUUUUUGUAGAAUGUGAAAUAUUGGACAUUAUUAAAGUCAGGUGUGUUGUGA